CGAUUUUAGACACAAAACACUAAGGUCAAAAAAAAAAAAAAAAAAAAAAAAAAAAAAAAAAAAAAAAAAAAAAAAAAAAAAAAAAAAAAAAAAAAAAAAAAAAAAAAAAUUCCUUAUUUUUUUAUAUAAAGCUACCAUCAUGCUUCGUCUUGAGAAAACUGAAAACUAAUAAAGAUGAUUUUCUUAUCAUUUAUUGCAAUAGCUAGUUUCACUCAUAAAAAAAUAAAACCAUUUGAUAAGCUGAGUUUUAUAAAUUCACAAAUCUUUGACAUUCUCAUCUAGUUUUAAGCAUUCAUUGCGAUCAGUGAAAAUAUCAAAACUUGAGAUGUAUUUUAAAAAUAUCCAAUCAGUUUUAAUUCUUGUGGCAGUUUUCCAAGGAAUAUAUUGCCAGAAUGACUUUAUAAACUGUACUUAUAGUGAUCCUUAUAACUAUCGUUGUGAACUUAUGAUUAAUAAUACGCAAGGCUCAAAUGAUUUUGAGAAUAUUUCAGGAAGUCAUAUCGAGAAUCAAACUGAUAACGAUGUUCAUUACUUAGGCUGUCAGUACAAUAUUAUAUCUACAAACGUCCCUUCAGUGAUAUGUCAAAAAUUCAAAAACAUUUUUGAUAUGCAAUUUUAUUAUGUUGGAAUAGAAAGAAUUGACAGCUAUUCAUUUAAAGGAUGUGAAAAUCUUUUGAAUUUGCAUCUUUUUUACAAUCAGAUCUCCACGAUCGAUGAACAAGCUUUUGCAAGCAACCAUAAGCUUCAAUAUUUGGACUUAUCGCAGAAUAGAAUAUCAGCUCUGCCUGAAAACUUAUUUAUGAAUCAACAGAAUUUGAUAAAAUUGAACUUUUAUUCUAACCAACUCUUUGACAUACCAGGGAACGUUUUCAAGCCAUUAACAAAUCUCACUCAUUUGUUUCUAUCGGAGAACUACAUGAAAAACAUAAAUCCUGAAUGGUUUAAAACUUUGGAAUCGUUGAUUCAUCUUGACUUAUCAAAUUCAAAUCUAACAGAAGAGCUUCCAAGAAAUCUUUUUGGAUCUUUGAAAAAGAUAAAUUACAUUGAAUUCAGAUCCAGUAAAAUUAGAGUCCUCCAUGCCGACACCUUUGGUGAAUCAUUAUCUAUACAAAAUCUUGAUCUUGGAUCUAAUAGAAUAUAUGCAAUGGACGAAAAAUUUAUUGACAAUACUGGACCAACGUAUUUUGAUAUUUAUGGAAAUAUCUGUGUUGAUAUCUCAAUCAGUGAUAGUUCAAUGACAAGAAAGGAUAUGAAAGAAGCUCUAAAGGAUUGCUUUUUAUUUUAUAAGAUGCUAAUUGAAAAUAAUCUAUCAACAAUUGAAUCAUCAGUUCAAUCAACAACUUCAUCUGGUUUAAAUGGGAAAAUCCAAACGAUUGAAGACGAAGUAAGAAAUCUUACAAAAAUCAACGAAGAAAUUAUUGAAAACUGGAAGAUCCAAUAUGUAGCAACGGCAGAUAAUAAAGAGCAAAUAGCUAAAUUGCAGGCACUCAGCAUUGAUUUAAAGAAUGAGAUGCAAGAAAUAAAAGGUUCAAUAGAUGCACUAUGGGCCAGAAAUGGAAAAUUUUUCCAAAAAUUAUUUCUACAACUUAUAUGAUAGUCCUUAUUCUGUCCUACAUUUACGUCCUUAAAACUUUGCCUAAGUCGACAGCAUGUCCGAGAUAUGGCACUUCAAAGUUGGUCAGACGACCAUUUUCACGUUACAUUGAAAAUGCUCUCACCAGUCACUGGAUGAAUGAAUCUCCUUCAAUUUUUUUUUGGUAAUAGCUUUAAAUAGUUCCUUCAUUUUAAGGUAUAAACAAUUGCAAAAAACUUUGGAAAAUUUUGUGAAAAACUUGAUUUUUCUCAAAAACCACGUGUUCGUCAUACUUCCGUUUGUGUAGGUCUUCACAAGCACAACCAAAGUUACUAAUUUCUUUUUUAUAUUAAAGAUUACAUCAAAAGCUAUAACUUUUGCAUACAUGUCGUAUAAUUUUAACAAAGUUUUGGUAGUGAAAAAAAUUUUUUUUAUAAAAAAAACACCAAUUUUUUGACAAAAAUCGCUGUAGUGCUCCAGGGAUACCCAUGGUAGUGGAAUUUUAUUUCACAUUUAGAAAGCUCUCUGAAUAUGCUAUCAAUUAAUGCAGUAAAAUGAACAAGUGUUCUCUUGGCAAAGAGCACUUUUUUGACUCUGAAAGUCGUAUGUCGAGCAAGGUCAAAAAAGAAAAAUAAUCAUAAAAAUUUCAGUUUUAAGUAAAAUUUAAUUUUUUUAAGUUAGAUUGAUAGAUCUUUUUAAAACGCGUCUUUUGAGUAUAAAUAUGUCAUAGUUUUGUCAAGUUUCAUGAUCAGUUUUUUAAAAAAAUAGUUUUUUUCAAAAAAAAACUUGAAAAAUAAAGUAUUUGACUUUAGAAUUUCAUAAAAUGCAUUCUUUUUAACAUUUUUUUCACUAUUUUGUCUAGUUUUGCUCCUCGUUUUUUCCUAAACAUAAAUCAAUAAGAACUUAACAUAAUUGAAGCCAUUUGGAGGUUAAAUUGAGUUAAAAAUCGUUUAAAAUUUUUGUAUUUCUUAAAUAGUUCUUUACACAAGUAUCUAAGAUAUAAAGUGUUGCAUAGUUUUGAAAAGGUAUUAAAAUUUCCAAUAUGUUAACAUGAAAAUUUUAGGAAAAUUUUCAAGUAAUAUAGUCAAUUUGGG